AGUGGAUGCGCGUUUGUUAGAGAAACAGAAAGACAGCAAGACAAUCCACGUGCAAGGUGAAAAUGGAAAUACAAAAAAUAACAAAAGUUUGGCAAUAGGAAGGGCAACAACUUACAAGGAAAGUAUAUUGGUAGCAGUGAGAGAAGGGGUAGCCACUCCCUAGUCUCAGACUCUCUUUUUAAUAGCAUUAUGUGUCGUAGCACACAGCCAGGCGCUAUCUCUCACAUAUCAAUUAUCUAACAGAUCUAUCAAAACGCAUAACGCAUAACGCAUUAUGCUGCUACCGCCUCUUCCUUGUCAAGGGAGAUGAGGUUCCUUUAAGCACGCAAUAGGCAAUGCCCUGCCCAGUGAAAAUUAAUUAGUUAUAUAUAACGAACAUGCAAUUAUAAUAGUUUUAUCAAAUUCGUGCUUCUAAGCACACGCAGACACAGAAAUGGCACUUCAGCGGCGGCGCCACCACUAUUACCAACGCUUUCGCCUAAUGGUUCCGGUCAUUUCUGCCGUCGCCGCCGCUCUACUCUUUCUCUUCGCUCUCCUUUCCUUUUUAGCUCCUUCGCCUAUAGACACCAAUCAUAUGCACCGGCGACGCCAACACUCUUCGGUUAACGUUCAAGCGGAUGAUGCGAUUGGAAAUCCUAUGUUUCGUGUUCCGACUGAAGGAGGAAAGCUGGGACGCGAUAUCUGGAGUUCUCGAAAUUCAGAGCACUUCCACGGAUGCUGCAAUGCCAGCAGCAAGUUUCCAAAAGUUGAAGUGGUUACACAUCCGAAUCGUUACUUGUUGAUCGCAACGAGUGGAGGCUUGAAUCAACAAAGAACUGGGAUUACAGAUGCUGUUGUUGCUGCGCGAAUUCUGAAUGCUACUCUUGUUGUUCCAAAACUGGAUCAACGAUCUUUUUGGAAGGAUUCUAGUAACUUCUCAGAGAUCUUUGAUGUUGAUUGGUUUAUAUCGUAUUUGUCAAAAGAUGUCAAAAUUAUCAAGCAACUACCAAGUAGGGGUAGGAAAGCAUUAUCUCCAUACAGCAUGCGGGUUCCAAGGAAGUGUAAUGAAAGAUGCUAUAUAAAUCGCAUAUUACCUGUACUCCUGAAAAAGCAUGCCGUACAGCUCAACAAGUUUGACUACAGGCUUGCAAACAGGUUGGAUACAGAAUAUCAGAAAUUGAGAUGUAGAGUUAAUUACCAUGCUUUGAGAUUUACCAAACCAAUUCUAACAAUGGGAGAAAAAUUGGUCCAUCGGAUGAGGAUGAGAAGCAGGCAUUAUAUUGCACUGCACCUGAGAUUUGAACCUGAUAUGCUUGCAUUUUCUGGAUGUGAUUAUGGUGGAGGAGAGAAGGAGCAGAAGGAAUUGGGCGCAAUAAGGAGGAGGUGGAAAACAUUACAUAGAAGCAAUCCUGAUAGGGCAAGGAGACAGGGAAGAUGCCCAUUAACCCCAGAAGAAGUUGGUCUCAUGCUAAGAGCGUUGGGGUAUGGCUCUGGUGUUCAUAUUUAUGUUGCAUCAGGGGAAGUAUAUGGAGGGGAGAGAACACUGGCACCUCUCAAAGCAUUAUUUCCUAAUUUCCAUUCAAAAGAGACCAUUGCUACCAAGGAAGAAUUAGAACCAUUUUCUUCAUUUUCUUCUCGCAUGGCUGCACUUGACUUCAUUGUUUGUGAUGAAAGUGAUGUCUUUGUAACCAAUAACAAUGGAAAUAUGGCUAAAAUAUUAGCCGGGCGAAGGAGAUACUUUGGACAUAAACCAACCAUUCGUCCAAAUGCUAAAAAACUCUAUCGAUUGUUCUUGAAUAGAAGUAAUUUGACAUGGGAAGUUUUUGCUUCUAGUGUCCGUACUUUCCAGAAAGGCUUCAUGGGGGAACCAAAGGAGGUUCGACCUGGUAGAGGUGGGUUUCAUGAGAAUCCAUCCACCUGCAUAUGUGAAGAUUCUGUGGCCAAAGCAGACAAAAAUUCAGGAACUAGAAAAUAUGGUAAGGAUACUGCAAUGAAGAAAAAUGUAGCAAAUGAUGAACCAAAUGUUGACAAUGAGCCUGAAUGGCCAGAAAUGGAUGAUGAUGACGAUGAUCAGAAUGAUCUGGUAGAGAAGGGUUUCAAUGAAACACUGUCGGACUAUGAAACACUUAACUUUGAGGAUCCCGAGUUGGAGGAAAUUAUAUCAGAUUAGUGAAGCUGCAGUAUUGAGCGUGAUGUACCUGUUGACUCAUUAUGAUUCUUUGUCCUCAUCACGUUCCCUUAAGCAGAUGCCCCUCAAUUUGAUAGUUGCUUAUAUAGCCCAAAAACAGGAAACGGAAAAAAGCACGUCCUUUUCAGUACGGGCUGAACUUCCAAGUUUCCAUAUAGUUUAGUAAAGGCAUCUCGAAAAUUUACUAGUACGACAUGACAUAAUGGCCUCGGUUCGAUGCAGAAAUUUGGGGGUGUUUUGGACCUGUAAUUGUUAGGUGAUCAGAAGAGAGCGAUGGGAGUAGAGUUGGGAGGACAAUCAUUUCGCAUAUAGCUGCAGACGAAGUUUAGUUUGCGAGAAGUAGGAAAGUCUGUAUAUCUUCGUUGAGAAAAAUCGUUACAUUUGACAGUGUUUAUCAUAUUUCCUGUCUUUCUUUGACAUCGAUACAGUCAUCUUCAUUUUUAGAAGCAAUUGGAUGCCAACUAUAGUUUUUGCGCCAAAAGGGAACAUAGCUGUAGUGAUGGCCUGAUAGUUUAGUUAGUUGUUUUAAGAACAAUGGAUAAAUUCUUUUAUCCAAGUAACAAUAGUAAGUGGAUUUUAUUUCACUAAUCGAACGUGCAUGUUGCUCGAGUCUAUUUGGAGUUUUGAGUGAACUCUGUUCAUGUAUAGCAAUUAGAGAUAGAAAAUUUUUCUGACAGAUAAUUCUUGUACCAAAGAAAAAAAUAUUGAAUGUCAAC